AUGGCGCUUGUGCUGUUGGUGAUUGUGCUGUUGGUGGUUGUGCUGGUGAUGGUUGCGUUGCUUGUGCUGCUGGCGGUUGUGCUGGUGGCGGUUGUGCUGAUUGUGCUGGUGGUGGUUGUUCUGCCAGUGGUUGGGCUGAUGGUGAUGGUGGCGCUGGCGAUGGUUGCGUUGGUAGAGGUCCAAGAUGGAGACAACAUGUCGCCGCACUUACCCGUCAGGGUGAGGGCCCCAGUGCACCAGCAGAGCGACUACAUGAGGAACGUGUUGUGCAAGCUGACGAAGUGCACUAAGAGCCAGAUCGACGGCCACUGGAGCGAGCUCGGCGAGGCAUACGAGAAGCACCUCAGCAGGUACCGCAGCUUCGAGGGCGACGGCUGGAGCAAGCGACAGGGCCACUUCGAGAAGGCCAACUACAAGCACUACAAGCAGAAGCCGUGCAGGCCCAUGCCCUGCACCGCGGCACAGGAGGAGCCACUCAUCCACGACAUCGUCAUGCCACUGUUCGCGGAGCGGGCACCUGGGCAGAAGGCCGAGGCAGGCUACGACACGGACGAGGAGGACGGGCUGCUGGAGUCUGAGGACGCCCCUCGGGAGGAGGCGGAAGGGGUACAGGACCGCUUCGCGGUCAGAGCGCCUCCCACCGAGGGCCAGCAGAGCCCCAACACUAGGAAUACGAUUCGCUGGCCGUUCAUCGUGCACACGCUGCGAGACGGGCGAGUCACAGACAUCGACGAGUGCGCCCAGAACUUCCUGGGCCUCAUUGCCACGCUGCUGGGCCCCGCCAGCAGGAGGUACUGGAAGAUGGCGCACCGAGUGGCCGCAGCGCAAGGGCGGCAGUGGGCCACCACGCACGGAGAGCGAGGAGCAGAGGGCGCGGGGGGCAAGGCGAUCACCAUGGCCUCGACCACCGCGCGGCAGGACGGCCUCGCCAAGGGAGCGCACCCGCUCGGCAUCAGGAUGGCGACACACGCCGACCACCUCGGCGUCGCCACCGCUGACGGCAGGAGGAGACGAGCCAGCGCCCACAGCAAGAGGGCCAGCAAGCGGGUAAUACGUGUGGGGCGAGCCAGAGCCCCAUGGCAGAAGGUGCGAGGGCCCGCAGGGACCUUCACCGCCACGGUGCAGAGGUUGGGUUGGAAGACGCUCGCGGCCCACAGCAUCACCAUCGGCGACGAGCUCUUAGACCUCGGGACGUUGCCGAUCAGACACCUGAAGCAGUGCGUCAGCACGGCCACGGGGAACGGCCUCAUGAGCGACUGGCUGCGCAUACACGGCAAGAAGCACGGCUUGGACAUCAUCGUCGCGGAGCCCAUCGCCGCGCUGCUCAAGAGGCCGCUGAACAAGAAGUGGACUCGGGAGUACCAGACACGGGCGCGCAACCUGUGGUGCGACGGAACCUGGCCGCAGCGGCGGGGCCUCGACAGGGGUGCCGCAGAGGACAGCAUAAGCAAGGCCUGUCACGAGCACGAAGUGACGGACCGCCACAGGACGUACGUGUGCUCAGCCAGGCAGGAUCAUCGACGAAGAGUGGGAGGGCACCACAUAUGCCAGCGUGGUGCCAUGGCGCGGCCUGGGGCGACGGAGAAGCAGUACGCGACUUCCGAGCACGACCAGAGCUGCAAGAGCGAGCUGGCAGCGGUCCUUCAGGCGGUGCCCCCAGUGCAGGUCUACAGCGACCGCCAGACGGCGAUCGACGGCGUCGCCAGAGUCGUGAAGAUCGAAGGAGAGCGCAUGAUGGAGUUUGGGUUGUUCGGGACACUGGAGGGAUCGCAGCGCGACCAGAGGAUCUACAAGAGCGAGCCGGCAGCGGUCCUCCAGGCGGUGCCCCCAGUGCAGGGCUACAGCGACCGCCAGACGGUGAUCGACGGCGUCGCCAGAGGCCCCGAGCGGGCCGCCAGAACUGACACGACCCACAAAGAGGUCGGGCAGGAAUGCAGGCUGCUCGUGCAGGAAAACGGCGGGACAGGGCUUGCGAGCUCAGCGGAGGGGGACGGGGCGGGCAAGGCGCAGUUCCCGAUACCCCUGGAGCAGCGGCUCGCCGUGGUGCUCCAGACCGAGGCGUCCUCGGAGGCGCUCAUAGGGUGUGGCCGCGUCUUUCCCUGCACCGCCGGCCUGAUGUUCGGCCAGGGCGUCCCCGGCGGCGACGGGCAGAAGAAACUGUCUGGCCCGGCGGCGGCGGCCGCCGCGGCGCUGGGGGGCGCGCUUGAAUCCUGGUCCGACUACGCAGGCAGCCCUGUCAGCCACGUGGCCAAGGCCGCUAGCUUCAUCCGCUUCUCGCUUCACUACGAUGAGGAGACGAGCAUGCGCGUCGUGGAGCCUCGGCGUUUCGUGGUCGACUUCCCACCGCCACGGUGUGUGCGCGACCAGGGGCGGCAGAAGCGCCACAGCGCCCUCUUCUCGCUGAGGGUCAUCCGCGAGGAGAGCCUGGCGCGGGAUCCCAACAUGCAGGGCCCGGUGGCGAACCACCUCCGCUACAAGUCCACGGCAGAGAGGCGACUGGUGCCAGGCGCGGACGAGUACGUGGAGUUCGAGCUGACCUCGCGCGAGCACGAGGCGCCCUCGCAGCAGCCGCUGCGCAUCAGCAUGGGCCCCGUGCGGUCGGACGCGGCGACAG